UUUGUUUCUGGGAGAUGUAGUCCGCCUAAGGGUUUUGUUUCGUUACUUUUACUAAAUUGGUGGGAAAGUAGGACUACAUUUCCCGUAAGCUACCGCAGUAAUUGGUUUUGCUCUGCCGGCGAAGGGUUCUGCCUAACUAAGCCGCGUGCCUGGGCUGACUGUUGCGAUGCCGAAAGCCAAGAAAAAGAACAGGCGGAAAAAAUACAACUACAAUGUGGACCGCAAGAAGCUGAACAGGGCUUUUCGUAAGCGGCAGGCACCCCGUAUAAAAUGUUCCCAAAUACGACAUGCCUGGGAUCGCACAAAAUCUGUAUCACAGAACCUGGCUGAAAUGGGCCUGGCUGCCGAUCCAAACAAGGCUGUUCCCAUUCCGAAGUUUAUGCAACCGGUGAUGAAAAUGGACAUUGAUGGACCAGAAAAAAAGUCAAAAAUUGUACAGAAGCCAUAUGUACUAAAUGAGUUGGAAUAUCAGGCCAGCCUCCCUGAGAAGCAGUCACAAACCCUCUCCAGAGAUCUCAUUGACUACGUUCAGCACAUGAUCCAGAAUCAUGGUGAAAACUACAAGGCUAUGGCUCGUGAUGAGAAGAACUACUACCAGGACACACCAAAGCAAAUAAAAAGCAAGAUCAAUGUAUACAAACGCAUUUAUCCAGAGGAGUACCAAGCUUUCUGUACCUCCCUUCAGCAGGAAAAGAUGGACAAACAAUGACUUACCACAGCAGUGGGAAGAAGUACCUGUCAUUCUUUCUGGUGCUCAGAAACUGCAGCUUAUGUUAAAUCAAAUCCCAUCAUUUGAUGACAGAAUGUGAGACAAAGAUGGAACUGUUGGUCUCUGGUACUUUGAAGGUGGUAUUGAUUUUACACUUAUUACUGUCCUAAGGAAAAGAAGUAACAUUUGCCUUUGAUAAAAUAAAAUAAACUACUUCCAAAGCUGA